AUGUCCCGGCUCCCUAUGCCUCCUCCGGACCACCUCUGCGGCUCAUGUGCAGCGCUUGACCUCGAGUCUCUUGUCACUGCGCUAUGGCUGACAAGCGAGGACGCCCGCCAGGCUCACGCCGCGCGCCCUGCCACAAACUUCGAGGUAGAGCGAUCCGUCUACAUCGACGACUUCUCGCUCAAGAUUGUCGAGCGCAGGUCGACGCGCUGCCACCUCUGCCAGCUUGUCGCCGCGUGCGCCCGCAUGACUGGCGACGAGGACGCCCUAAAGGACAAGCACUGCUGCAUCCGCCCAAAGCUCGUAUAG